ACAUUACUCCCCACUUUCCCUCCAAAUCUUUCUCUGAAACGACAAUGGCAUCGUCGUCUUCUUCGUUUUCGAGUAGCAAUCUCUAUGACAUCCCGUGGGUUGAGAAGUAUCGUCCAAACAAAAUCUCCGAUAUCGUCGGCAACGAAGACGCAGUCUCCAGGCUCCAAGUUAUUGCUCGCGAUGGCAACAUGCCGAAUCUAAUCUUAUCUGGUCCUCCGGGAACUGGUAAAACAUCUAGUAUUUUGGCCCUUGCACAUGAGCUGUUGGGGCCAAACUAUAAGGAGGCUGUUUUGGAGCUUAAUGCAUCAGAUGAUAGGGGUAUAGAUGUUGUGAGAAACAAGAUUAAGAUGUUUGCCCAAAAGAAAGUGACACUCACUCCAGGGAAGCACAAAAUAGUAAUUCUUGAUGAAGCUGAUAGUAUGACAUCUGGUGCUCAACAAGCCUUGAGGCGUACAAUGGAAAUUUACUCCAACUCUACUCGAUUUGCCCUUGCGUGCAAUACUUCUUCUAAGAUUAUUGAGCCAAUUCAGAGUAGAUGCGCCAUUGUUCGAUUUUCAAGAUUAUCUGAUCAAGAGAUACUCGGUCGCCUCAUGGUGGUGGUUCAAAAAGAACAGGUUCCUUAUGUGCCUGAAGGUCUUGAAGCAAUUAUUUUCACAGCUGAUGGUGACAUGAGGCAGGCAUUGAAUAACUUGCAAGCUACAUACAGUGGAUUUCGGUUUGUUAACCAGGAAAAUGUUUUCAAGGUAUGUGACCAGCCUCACCCAUUGCAUGUCAAGAAUAUGGUCCGCAACGUGCUUGAGGGGAAAUAUGAUGAUGCUUGUUCUGGUCUGAAGCAGCUCUAUGAUUUGGGUUAUUCCCCUACUGACAUUAUCACCACCGUUUUCCGUAUCAUAAAGAGCUAUGACAUGGCUGAGUAUCUAAAAUUGGAAUUCAUGAAGGAAACUGGUUUUGCCCAUAUGAGAAUAUGUGAUGGAGUUGGUUCAUAUCUUCAGCUAUGUGGUCUUCUGGCUAAGCUUUCCCUUGUUCGUGAAACAGCUAAAGCACCAUAAUUCAUUGUGAGAAUAGUAAGAAUUUACUAAUGUCUAUCUUUCGUGAUGCCGAAAAUGGGGAACAUCCUAUUAGCUUGUUCUUUGGAUACUUAUUUUGUUAGGAUAAUCUGAACCCUUUAAGGUAGCAGAGCAUUUGCUAGUGAUAAUAUGAUAUCCAAGAAGGGUGGUGCUUUCUGUCAUGA